CAAUCGCAAUCGUUUUUUUCCUCUCUCGAUCUAUUCCUCUGUAGAGAAAACUGGACAACAAACCUAUGCCGUCGACGCCGCUGGCGAACGGUGUUACGCCUCCUCUGUGUGGCGUAGAGAGAACGGAGGUUACGGCUUCCUCCACGGUGGCGGAUGAUAAGCCGGGAGUUUCAAUGAUGGAGCAGUUAGUUCCGGAAAUUACAACCCACGCGCUUAGUUACUUGGAUUAUCCAAGUCUCUGUCGCUUAUCCAUGACUAAUUCCUUGAUGAGGAAAGCUGCUAAUGAUGAUAAUGCUUGGAAAGCUCUUUAUCACAAGGAUUUUACGAUGGAGCAAGAUGGUAUAACUCCAGUCAAUGGGUGGAAAGCUUACUAUGCAACUACUAGAGCGAUUAUUAGUGUGAAUACUGAAUUCUUCAGCAUCAUUAGAGACAGAGCUCUUCAAGCGAUGGCUCGUUUAUGGUUGAACUCGGACUAUGUUAAGUGUAUCCAUGCCUCUGGUGAACUCUUCUCCGGGUACAAUGAAGUGAUGCAAAGCUGGCAACUUUGUUUCAACUGGGAACAAGGGUUUGACUUUCAGGUCCACACGGUUCGCACUCGGAUACUAACGGACAUGGCCUGGGUCACCAUGAAAGCAUACCUGAACGUGGACGGUGGUCCAUUCCUCAUCACCAAUGUGUUUGAGUUCCAUAAUGGAAGGUGGCACAUGGUUCAUCAUCACAGCUCAGUGAUGCUCAUCGAUGAUCAACAAGUUGUUGUUCAUUGAUGAUAUUAUCUCUUAGUUUUUGUUUCCUUCUCUUCUUUUAUUUUCACGGGGACAAAAAAAUAAAGAAGAAGAAAGAAACUGCAUAUUGGAGA